AUGGAGCCCAUGUACGUAGCGGCCCUCGAGCCAGAGCCGCUCUACAUCACCGUCCGGGAUGGGCGGAUCCAAACCACUGCGGCCCGCGAUAAGCUGUCCGGCAGCCUCGGUAAGUUCCGCGACGGGCGCUGCUUGGACACUCGAGGCACUUCUUCCAACCGGACGACUUCAACGACGUCAGCAUCGAGUAGAUCCAGCAGCACCGAGUCGACGGCCUACAGCGGAACCGCCGAAAGCGACGAGAGCUCGAGGCCUAGCCUCUUCUCGCAGUGCACCAGGAUCCUCUGGUGCGAGGGCAAUGCUGAGAAGCGCUGCGAGCAGAUGCAGGCGCUGGGUUUGGCGGCGACGCACUUUGGAUCCCCCUCCAACUUCACGCGGUGGUACUUUGAACAGGUCUCCGGGGCGGUAGCAGACCCCGAGAUCCUGGUGGCUGGAUGGCGGGAAGCAAAACCCUGUGCUGCCGCUAUCAAGGCGUCCAUCACGGGCAACACCGAAGGCUUGCGGAACGAUUGCAAGCGUCCUCUCGUGCGCCCCAUGCACGAUGUGCUGGUACGGGUGAUGAUUAUCCUUGCAGAGAACCCGAAGCAAGCGAAGAAGGCCACGGAGUGGAUUCAGUCAGAGGAGCUGCUGAGUCGCUUCAUCACAUGCCGUGUCGUGCUGAGUCUCCCAGAGCUCGUUGCGGUACUGAGCUGA